AUGGCGACACGUGCGUCUGAAGAUCCGUCGAUGGAUCCGCGAUUUCACAAUCUCCACGAGGAACUCAGAUCUGUGCUCUUCAAUGGCUUGUCCGGCCUCUCUCCUACGCAACCGCGUAUCGUCCAGGUCGGCGCGUCGGAUGUGUCACCGAGUUUGGACUUUUCGACUGCGACAGUCAAGAUACCGCAAGCGCGCCUCAUACGGUACCUUCAAAAUUGGAUUACCGAAUGCGCGCCGCAGCUGGACAAAUUUGACGAAGAGCAACACUUCCAGACCGAGGUUCCUCUUGUCGCUCUGAGGUCUCCUGCUCUGCUGUAUGCCAUGCUUGCGUUUUCGUCGCGACAGAUGGAAAGGCGAGGUAUGGUACAAGGAUGCUACGACAGCCUCGAACUGUACCAAGAGAGUAUUAGGUUGUUGGCACCUGCACUCCAGGCAAAAGACUCGGUCACGUUGGUCACGGCUUGUGUUCUUGCUGUAUUCGAAUUGAUGUCCAGCGAAACAGGAAACUGGAGACGCCAUGUCGAAGGUUGUGCUUCACUUUUCGAAGUCUUCGGUGUCAACGGCUUCUCGGGCGGUUUGCUGCAAGCUGUCUUCUGGUGUUAUGCUAGGAUGGAGCUUUGUGGCAGCUUCACCUCCGAUGGCGCCGAGACUAUGGUUUUGGCAGUCGAGAAGUGGGUGCCAAACUUGGACCGGUCUCUAGUGUCAUCAGAAGAUGGCGAGAAAAUCGUAAGGUCAUUCUUUCACGAAAAGAGCCGAGAGUCUCAUGAUGCGCAUGCCAAUUGGGCGAUCUAUCUGUGUGCGAAAGUAUGCGAUCUGAAAUUUCGAAAAACAAGUUAUCUCGAGCUUGGUCGCGCUGACUUCAGCGACAAGAGGCCAUUCUCACAACAGUGGCAACAACUUUGGCUAGAUCUACAAUUCUGGCUCGAUGAACGUCCUGCGACCAUGAGACCUCUCACUCUCGUCGGUGAAGGCGCCGAGCCUAACUUCCCAUCCAUCAUCUUUCCACACUGGGCCGCAAUAUCGAGCAACCAGGUAUACCAUGCUGCUUGCAUCUCGAUGCUGGAGAUGCAGCCACCUGGGAGCGGCCUUGACUCUCAGACAUUGUCGCUGUGGCAUGCCAGGCAGGUUUGCGGCAUCUCGUCUGCAAAUCCGCAUCCAGGAAGCAUGGUGAACUCGAUUCAACCACUCUAUACUGCAGGUAAACUGCUCACGCACAAUAGUGAACGACGAAAGGUAGCUCAAUUGCUAGAGUCUAUCGAACGUGAGACUGGAUGGGCUGCUUUGUGGCGCUUGAGAGAUCUCGAAAACGAGUGGGGAUAUGAGGGUAUCGUUGACUGGAGGCACGAUUCUGCGACAGCCUUUGCGAAGUCGUAG